CCAGCAACCUUAUCCUCAGAGGGAUCAAAAUUGCCAUGUCUUAGAAUUUUGCUGCCAAAAAAUACCUGAAAAUAAGAGAACAAAAUAGAAAGAGAGGAAGGAAAGAGAAAUGGCAACAAAUUUUCUCUCAACCGCUAACCCCUUCGUGCCCUCCUCUUCCUCAACACGUGUUUACUACAACCCCAUCAAAUGCAGUGUGAAAAGGGAAUUGACCCUCUGCAAAGGAUGCAACCCACAUUCUCCAAUUGUGACAAAAAGAGGCUUGUCCAUCAGCUUCCUCACCAGCUUUGUGCUUUCAUUGGCUGGUAAGAAUGCAAAUGCGAAUGCAGCAAUACUUGAGGCAGAUGAUGAUGUAGAACUCUUGGAAAAAGUAAAGCGUGACAGAAAGAAGAGACUUGAGAAGCAAGGUGUCAUCAGUUCUUCCAAACAAGAAACAGGAUAUCUUCAAGAUCUUGUGUACAAGCUAAGUGCAGUUGGUCAAGCACUUGAAAAGAAUGAUCUUAGUGCAGCUGGUUCUGUCCUUGGGGGAGGCACUGAUACAGAAUGGGUCCAAAGAGCUAAUAUUGCUUUCAAUAAGCUGAGCUCCAGUCCAGAAGAGAUGACGGAGGUGGACACGUUCAAUUCCUCAUUAGCUUCACUGAUUUCAUCAGUUUCUAAGAAUGAUGUUGAGUCCUCAAAAAUUGCCUUUGUCUCUUCGGCCACUGCAUUUGAGAAGUGGACUUCCAUGACAGGGCUUGCUUCUCAGCUUAAAGGGCUUUGAGGAAAACAAUCUACAAGAAUUAUCAUUUCCUAAUCAAUAUAGAGAAUUCCAUGAGUUUUCCUACUCAUGUCACCUAUUGGGUGUCAUGGAGCAUCUACUUAAUAACGAUCAACAAGCUCAUUCUUUGCUAGGCUAAGCCCGGGUCACUGAAAUUUGUAAUUUUCAUGUCAUUAUUUAAUGACAUGCUUGUUAUUUUUGCUCACCUAACAUGCCAAAUGAAAGGAUUUAAGUUACUGUAGAUAACUAUAUAUUAAAUCUGUCUAGCACCUGCUGCGGUGCUUCCCUUCGAUUC